ACAGUUUGUUUUUCAGCAUCAACGUUCUCAACGUUGACUUGACAUUUCUCAUAUUCUAACACUCAGAAAUGGACCGUCUAUUAACGAAUUCCUUUCUAACCAAGGCUCGGACCGUAUUUGCUGUCCUUGGCGGUGUUUACUUGGUCACCGUGGGUCUACUAACGAUUCCGUACUUUCAAGGCCAUACAAUAUAUCUUAAUGCUGUUCGUGUUCCCUGGUUUGCCGACUUUGACGCCCCAGAGAAAUAUGGUCUUUCUCCAAACAAAACAUACAACUUCAAGAUUCAAACGUCCGACAACGAAUCCCUCGGUUCAUGGUUCGUUCUCUCCGACAGACAGUACCAGACCAUUCCAUUUCCACCUCAGUCACCCGAGCUGCUCAUAUCCGAUGCUAUAAGAAGCUCCCCCACCAUUCUCUUCCUGCAUGGAAACGCCGGCACUCGGGCCUUCAAUGCGCGGGUACAACAUUACCAGGCUUACUCCUCUCGCCUUCAUGCCAAUGUCCUGGCCAUCGACUAUCGCGGUUUCGCCGAAAGCUCCGGAACACCCAGUGAGGACGGCUUGGUCCGCGACGCGAGAGCUGCGUGGGAGUGGUUGAUCAGCCAGGGUGCAAGAGGCGAAGACAUCCUCAUCGUUGGCCACAGUCUAGGCACAGGCGUGGGCGCUCGUUUAGCCGCUGAACUCUCAGACGAAGGCGUCAACUAUCGAGGCGUCGUCCUUAUGAGCCCGUUUUCGAGCAUUGAAGACGUUCUGAAGACGUACAACGUGUUUGGGGCUGUACCCUUGAUGAAGCCUCUGUCUAUGAUCCCCUACGCCGCCAAUAUUGUUUCCUGGGCAUUGAUCCACAAAUUCGAUACCUUUAGCAUCGUUCCUAGAAUAAAGGGCGAAGUGACUAUCGCCCAUGCCGAGAACGACUGGGAUAUACCCUAUACCCACUCCGAAACACUCUUCAACGCCUUCCUCGAACCCCACCUUCCGACCGUCAAGCUACCCACAAAUCCUUCGGCCUUGUCAAAAGAAGACUGGGCCACCUUCACCUCGCAAGUAAGCGCUAGAAAAGAAAGGCGGGAAGAGUUGGUCACACAUACAAAGCUGGACAACUUUGGAACCGUAGAAGAAUUCACCGAUGGCAACAGAGAUGUCAUGCUCGUCAAGUUGUUGGCAGGCCGUCAUGAUUUCGUUGGUGUGCAGGAAGGACUGCAGGAUAUCAUCGGAACCAAGUAUGGCUUUAUCCGGGAGCGCAAAUUGAUUUUAGACUAGAUGGACGCUGUUAUAUACAGUAUAAUGUAGUAGGCAUGUCUAAGGAUCGGAAACAAAUGUAUCAUUAAAAUAUGUCA